AGAGCGUGUGAGAAGUCAUGGGGGGAAGGGGCAGCAUCAUCAUGUGAAAUUCUUGGGAGUCUUUAUUUACAGUGCUGUGGCUUUCAUUAUUCCUUACGGGUAUGCGUGUGGGCUAUUGUAGGAUCCAGUGACCUUUGUGGAUGUUGCUGUGACCUUUACACUGGAAGAAUGGGCUUUGUUGGAUUCUCCCCAAAAGAAGCUCCACAGACAUGUGAUGUGGGAAACACUCAGGAACCUGGCUGCUGUAGGGACAAAACAGAAUGAAGAAAGUAUUGAACAUGGCUGCAAAACUCUCCGCAGAAAUCUAAGCGGUAGUGUGGCAGAGAGGCUCUGUGAAUAUGAAGAAGGCAAUCAGCGUGUAAAGUUCUGCCAGUGGAUUCUGGAACAUCCUGUUGGUCUUCCUUCUGGGGUACUACCGUGUGAAGAGUACCCGUGUGAGGACCUUGUCACUUACUUGUUUCCGAGUGGGCCCCUCAGCGCUCACACCACACACAGCCCCUGUGUGAAUCUGAAGGCUGAUACCCAGGAGGCAUGCGGGAAACGCUGCUCUUCCUCCCUGGACUUGGAGAGCCGUGAACGCUCUCACUCGAGAGAGAAGCCCAGUGCAAAUAAAUCGUCUGACCAGGCCCAUCCGGGUCUCUCUUCCGUCCCACGCCAUGAGAGCACUGCCAAAGGAGGCAGCCCUCAGCGUGAGGCGCGGGGAGAAGCCUUCACGAGAACCAGCGCUCACACGGAAGAGACGCCAUCUGUGUCUGAAGAACAUGGGGAGGCCUCCGGGCUUGCCAAGUGUUUUCACAGCCGCGGAGGAAGUCCCCGCGAUGGGCCUGCUCACCACGGGAAGCCGGGCGGAGAGAGUCAGGUUCAGAGUGGAGAGAAACGCUACGGCUGUCAGCAGUGUGGAAAAUCCUUCAGUUACCGUUUUUACGUGAAAAUCCACGAGAGAAUUCACUCUGGAGAGAAACCCUAUGGCUGCCAGCAGUGUGAGAAGGCCUUCACUAGUUCCAGUCAUCUCCACAGACACGCGAGAACUCACACGGGAGAGAAGCCUUGCAAGUGCAAGCAGUGUGGGAAAGUCUUCAGUCGCAUCUCUCACCUUAAACUACACGAAAGAGCCCACUCGAGAGCCCACUCCGGGGGGGAGCUUUGUGCGUGUGAGCAGUGCGGAAAGUCCUUUGCUUUCUCCAGCAACCUUCAGAGACAGCAGAGAACUGGCUCUGGGGAGAAGCACUACGUGUGUCCGCAGUGCGGCAAGGCCUUCAGUAAAUCUCACCAGCUUCGAAGACACGAGCGGACUCACAACGGGGCGAAGCCCUACGUGUGUAAGCACUGUGGGAAAGCCUUCCGUUGUGGUUCGUACGUGAAAACCCACGAGAGGACCCACUCCCUCGAGAAGCCUUAUCUCUGCAAGCAGUGUGGGAAGGCCUUCAAGUGUUCCAGUCACCUGCGGAGGCACAGACAGACGCACACCAGAGAGAAAGGUUGCGUAUGUCGGCAGUGUGGGAUGGCUUUUAGUCAAGUUUUUCGCAUGAAAAUCCAUGAAAGAAUUCAUUCUAGAGAGACUCAGUAUGUAUGUAAGCAAUGUGGAAAAACCUUCCUUUCGUCCUGUGCCAUUAGGAGACAUGAAAAGACUCACACCAACGAGAAGCCCUAUCAGUGUGCACAGUGCGGGAAAGCCUUUACUUUUAGUUCUUACAUCAAAGUACACGAACGAACUCACUCCCAGGAAAGACCUUACUUAUGUCAUCAGUGUGGGAAAGCCUUCCUGAGGUCUACUCACCUCCAGAGACAUGAACUGACCCACAGUACCGUCAAGCCAUUCGUAUGUCAGCAGUGUGGGAAAGGCUUUUGCGAGCGCUUUUUCAUGAAAGCCCAUGAAAGAAUUCAUGGUGGGGAGAAGCUGGGAUGUCAGCAGUGUGGAAAAGCCUUCCCCUUUGCAAGUGCUCUUGAGAGGCACCAAAGGACUCACACUGGAGAGAAGCCCUACGGGUGUGCGCAGUGCGGAAAAGCCUUCUCCCGAUCCUACCACCUCAAAGCACACGAAAGAACCCACACCGGGGACAAACCCUACGCUUGUGGGAAGUGUGGGAAAGCCUUUGUUCACUCUUCUCUCCUUAGAAGACAUGAAAAGACUCACGCCUGAGGAAGAAAACCCUGCGUGUCUAACCCCUGUGUGAAAGCCUUCAUUCUCUCUGGUUGCCGCCAACCACAGGAAAGAACUUCUGCUGUCGGCGUGAGCCAUGGUGAUGGCAUCACUCGGCCAGAGCCACCUGGAAACGUCAGAGAACACGGGCAACCCUGUGCCAGUCGGUGUUCAGAGAACACACCAGGAAAACACAUCUUGGUUAUCCGCUUUCAUUUUACUAAGACAAAAGGACUCAAGCUGGAAUGAACAUACAAUGUGUGAACUUGGUGGGUGCCAGUGGCUGAGAUCUUUCUCAGUCGCUUUAAAUUUCCACUCACGCUCUUCAAAGCUGAUAAUCGGCAUGUACUCAGCAUAGUUCAUUUUGUUGUUGGUGGUGGUCAUGGGACUUGAACUCUGCCCUGGGCACUAUCCCUGAGA